AUGAUGUCGCCAGCGGCCAUGAUCAGCGUCGCCGGCUUCGAAGAACUACAAACCAGCGCGCGCGAGCAGCUCGGCGCGGCGGCCGCGGCGCCGCCGUGGGCCGACGACGUCAAUCUAUCAAACGGGCUGCGCCUGUCCUUCGGCACGGCCGACGGCGAGCCGACGACCUUCCAGUUCGUGCCGACGCUCUACGAUACGGUCUACCCCACUCCAUCAUCAACCGACAUGGACCUCUCCCCGACGCAAGCUUUGAGACACAUCGACAACGUCGACAGCGACCCCUUGCCCAAUACAGAUGCGGACAAGGUCCGGGACGUCGGAGCUAUUAGAAGAUUACUGUUACAUCGGGACACGCAGCAGUGGUUGGAUCGGGGGCCGACGAACGGCGUGGUACCCUACACGAGUAACUGCGGCGCCGCGCUGGGGCGGGACAACACGCAGAAGGAACUAGGAAGGAUCGGUGGCCGCCUGGCGGGUCAUGUGGGAGACAAUAAAUAUGUGGCAGAGAUCACGCGCGACGGACGGUCCAAGUGCACGUACAAGGACUGUCGACAACCUCUGAUCAAGGGCGAGUACCGACUGGGCAAGAGACCGCCGUCCGUACGGUACGGCCACUCGCCCAAGACGCGCUGGUACCACAUCGACUGCUGCUUCAAGUCGUUCGGGUCGGUGACGAAGAAGUCGAAGACUAUUACCUCAUUGGACGACAUCGAACGUGUGAGGCACGUGUUCCCGCCGUCCGAAGUAUUGAGGAUUGAGAAGUUGAUCGCCGAGCACAAGGCGCGGUUGAAUGCAAUUGAUCAAGCGCCGCCGCCGAAAAAAAGAAGGGCGCCAUCGCCGUCGCCGCUGCCCUCCGCAUGUUUGCCGCGUCCGAAGCGUCCGCGCUAUCGACGCGGUUACUCUCGUCCGGACGUCGCGUCGCCGACGAGUCACAAAAACGCAGGUCCCACUCGUCGCGGGGCCCACGGCCGGUUUACCUAGACCGAGAACAGCGCCGGUGCGCGUGGUGCAAGCGACGCCGCCGGUCCGCGUCGCCAACACGGCGCCGCCGCCGCUCAGAGGCGUCACGCCGCGCGCGAAGGACCCGACGUUUGACCUCGAGCCCAUCUCCACCCCAUCAGCCUACAUGAUGCCGAUCCACGAGGCGGGCUUGGACCUCUUCGCGUGCCCGACGCCGCCGGCCUCUCGUGGGACUACGCCGACGUGCCCCCUGUGA